CACCACGGGAGGACGCCGCUUUGACCUGCACUCUAUUUUUACGUCGCCAUGGCAACACGAAUAUGGCUUCAGAUUUACUGACAUUCACCGUGUUAACCAGCUGAACCACAGGCAACAUGUACCGAGGAUUUAAUGAAAGUAAGAUUCCGGCUUACACCGUUUCAUCUUCAAUACCAACAAAAUACCAAACAGUAGUCAUACCAAAUGAAGAAAAGAAAGGGUUUUUAUCUCAAGCCAGGAGAUUCCCUUCACAAGUUUGUCUGAAUGAAAAUCCUGGACCAGGCAGCUAUGGUCGCAUCUCCAGUGCUGAAGUCCAAAGUCCUUCCUUCUCAAAGAAAGGCACGACAGGCUUUGUUCCAUCCAAGGCUACCAGGGCUUCCCUUAACUCACUGAGAGGCACCCCUGGACCAAAUGCAUACAACCUGCAGAGCUCCUUAAUAAACGACAAUGACUUCAACACUGGAGUCUCCAGGGUGUUCAGGUUGCCUGUGGGUGUGCAGUUGGAUGAGCCGAAGCACAAAACACCAGCCCCGAAUCAGUAUGAUGUCAGCUGUGGCAGUAAAAAGAGCUUCUCCUCAGUGGCUGGUACAGCAGCUUUCCUGUCAGAAACUGGACGUGACUCCAUUUACCCAAACAAAAAUGGGCCAUCACCGUGCCACUAUGAGGUGAAUGACCACUUAAUCCAGCACAGCUCCAAGGCAGUCUUGUCCCCCUUCAAAUCAAAAACCCGGAGAAGACCUUUUUCAGUGGACAAUCGUGCGCCCUGCCCAGGAGCCUACAAUCCCCAUCAGACCCCUGCACCGGUGAGGAGGACCAUCCUGCCGAGAGGCUAUUAUUUGGCAAUAGCAGCACCCCCCCUGAUUGUUCCUAAGGACCCUCCCUUACCAGGCCCUGCGCACUAUAACAUCACGGAUGUUAACAGCUCGACUAAGCAUCCCAUGCCCACUGCUGCAUUUGCAUCCAAAACGGAGAGGAUACUCCAAAACUCACAGGCUGGUACAAGGCCAGGUCCAGGUUUCUACAAUCCACGGAAUUUGUCAAAGCAGUCCUUCUUUUACAGUGACUCCAGAGUCUGGCUUCCUUGAUAAAGCUUUCAAGAAACACAGCAGAUAUGUACAUUUCUCCACACACAUGGACUGUGAUUAUCUGUGUCAGAAUGCGUUGCACAUGGGUUUAUGUGUGGGUCUUUGAUUUCUUUAGAUCAGAUUGUUGAGAGAAAAAACAAGGAUUAAAGCGAAAUGUUUGCAACCAUUUAAUCUAUAUUUCUAUCUAGAAUUUUAUUUAACUAGGCCAACCAGAUGUAAGAGAUAUUUUAGAAGAUGAAUCAUAUACCCUGUUUAUCCAUAGUGGUGAUGUAAGGGAAUGCCAAAACACUUGAAAAGCCAUGUGUUUCAUCCUCACCCUGAUUUCCCAAUGCUCUAAUCUGGAGAUGAUAUAGAAGUAAGUGUUGCUGCGGUCUUCGACAGCUGCUCGUCCAGUCAGUGCUGCGCCACAGUAACAGCUGAGAGCUUGAGAGGACACCACUGUGCCAACUGCUAGAGGGCAGACAGAGGGGUGGAGUGUGACUGUAUGUGAGCAAUGUGACUGACUGGGCAUGAGGCAGGGAUGGUGUAUAACCUGAAUGACAAAUGGACACAUCAGUCAUCAGCCGUUAUCAGAUGUCAGAUUGUCAGAACAGUGGAUACAACACUUUUCUGACUCCUCUUUUCUGUUGUUUUAAAGUUUCACAUUUUGAGAAAAAUGUUUUUCUUUUGCAUUUAAGCGUAAAUUUAGAUGACAGGAUUAAUAUCACUCUCAUACUAAAAGCAGCUAUAAUCAGUGUUUUCAUAAUGGAACUGUAUCAAAUGACUCAGUGAAAAGUCUAAGAAAAGUGGCUGAACCUAUAGACAUUUAUGUGUCUUUCGCUUCACUGGACUUUACAGAGCUUUAUAGUUUCAGCUCAUUGUUUAGCUUUCCAGCCCACAACUUUACCGUUUUGCUUCACUCGCACUGCUUUCCUACCGUCAUUUUUGGCUGCAGCAGUCAGAACAAGUUCCAUAAACCCACUGACACUACCUGCACAGCACCACAGUUAGAGACUAGCUGGUGAACACAGUGGAACACUUAGCAGCUAAAGAGAAUUUCCCUCAGGAGUUGUUGGAGACCAAAACAGAGCUAUAAAAGACCAAGUAUUGAACUUACAUUCAUUAGGCGGUUACAUCACUGUAAAAGGUGAUGAUAAGCCAAUGUUGUGAUGUGAUGCACAGCCCCAAAUGGCCAAAAAGUUAUUUUAGUUUCAAAUGUGAGGCAGAGCUAGCUGUCGGUUAGCUUAGCUAAGCUAAGUUUAGCCUAAAGACUGGAAACGGGGGGAAACACUGAGCUUUGCUCUAUGCAACUGAAACAAAAUUAGCAUACCAGCGCCUCUACAAGCUCACUCAUUAACAAGUUAUAUCAAGUUUAAUCUGAAACAUAUAAAUAAAUAAAUUACUAAAUAACUGAAUAAGGGAAUUUAUACUUCUGCAUUGAACCGACGCUGCAACCUUUGGCAUAGCCUGACGUGCACCUCCCCAGAAUUGUAACUAUGCAUUGCGGCGACACAGACCUCCUGUCUGUUCAUAUAUACUGAAACCAUUUCCCUCAGUGUAAAUAAAGCUUUUAUUUACUUUUAUGUCACAGAUAAUAUACAAUAAAAUGUGAUGGCAGUAAAGCCUCCACAAAAUAGCAUUUUAUCCCGGCUUCAUAUAAGCAGAGGAAAUAUCCGCUGCUAGGCUAAUUUAUACAAUGUAAAAUGCUAAUAAUAAUAAAAUGCUAAUGCGCUAAUAACAUUAGUAUUUUGUAUUUGUUUGGAAAACGUGUUUGGUAUGACAGUUGUUUUGUCGGUGAAUGUUGUGAGUUGUAAUGGAGACAAACUGUGUGCCGUUACGUUUGUUAAAUGUUGCUGUUGUCCCUGGUUUUAUAUGAGAAGAGGGAAAGAUCACUAGUUGCUAGACUAAUUUAUACAAUGUAAAAUGCCAUAGGCUUGUGCUAAUAACAUUAGCAUUGGGGGAAAAUGUGUCCAGAUUAACAUAAGUGUUUGUCUGUGAAUGCUAUAAGUUAUAGUGAAGCCAAUUUGUGUACUUGUGUUUGAAAUUGUCUCUAUUAAGCCAUGUUUAUUGUGUGUUUUGAAUCAACUAAACUUUACAGCACUUAACAGAAACCUUCGCCACUGACUAGUGUUUUGGAGGUAUAACUGCAGAGGGACACAGACACACCACUGCACACAUAAAUGCUCACAACGGCGUAGGCUAUGCGCGUAGGGUCUGCACACAACUAUAAAUCCCACUUAAGAAAAGGACUACUUUUGACAUGGCACAGUAACUUCCUGCUGGUUGCCUGGCAACUGCAAAACGUUUUAGUUUUUGUAUAGACCGAAUCACUGUGAGGCACCAACAGUCACUUGGAUUGCUAUAUGAUAGAUAUGUGACAUUAGCAAGCUUGUUUAUUGCUCUUGUCAUUUUUAGCUGUAAUCUUUAAGAUAUACAGUUAAACACAGCUGUCCGAUGUAUCUGACAUUUCUGCUGUGCUCAUUUUAUGUACGGUGCUGCUUUGCUAUCAUCUUUGAUGAACCAAAUCUACUGCUGUGGACAUAGCUUGCAGCAAAAUAUAUUUUUGCCACCUAAAAAAUAAAUAUCCGUUUAAAUGUGUGCUAUAUUAGCACAUUUUAUUUAUUUUCUCUGCUUAUAUUAGGUACACACUGAUGGACGCAGUGAAAGACCAACUAGCGACUUCAAUUUUCCAUUGGAAAACUCUGACGGCAAGGUAAAGCUGUAAAAGUAAUCUGAAUACAGCAAACACUUAAACUGACAUUGCUUUUUCUAGGUGGCUACAAACUAACCAACUGAGGCAGUGUAUGCUUAUUGUUUCAUUUUAUGUAUGUGAUGGGGGUUUUCUACCUGGAACUUAUUGAAAACAAACAUUGUGAUUCAGUUUACACCUUUUUUGUGUCAAGGACCCCUAAACUGAUACGUAUUAGACACCCCUUUGGUAAGAUUUCACUUCAGAUACCAUCAUUUGAAAGGACUGUAGUUGUCAAUAUGAUUAAAACCAGAAUUCUAUAGUUGAGGAGAAAACUGGAGGAAAUGAAAUAAGAAAAGUCAGUCUAAUGACUCAUACUCACAUUGGGCUCACAUCUAUAAUAGUGUGUCAUUUUUCUGUGCACCCCUGGGGGUCCUUGAACCCCUGGUUGAGUACCACGGGCUCGAACAAUCAAGAUAUAACAUGUUAAUUACCAAGUUUUACAGGUGCUGGUAGGUGAAUUUUGUUGCGUGUUGACAGAGCCAGGCUAGCUGUUUCCCCCCAUUUCCAGUCUUUAUGCUAAGCUAAUCUAACUACCUGCUAGCUGUGGCUUCAUAUUCACCACACAGACGCAGAAGUGGUGUCAAUCCUCUAAUCUAACUCUCCGCUAAAAAGCAAAUAAGCAUAUUUUUUAAAUCACUGUCACUCAGGAAAGCUUUUUCAGACUUUGGCGUGGCAUUUUGUGUUCAUCAGACGCAGCUGUCAGCAUGGACAUUUGUGUCAUGGAGAGGUAUCUGCUCUCUGGAAAUUGCAGAAAAAAACAACACGGUGCCAAAGAGCUGUUAUUUAUAAUUCAAGCUUUUUUUCCAUCUGCAAACACAGAGGAUGCUAUCCAGGCUACACCGCAGUGUCAUCUGCUCGCGAGGAAAUCAGUUGGAGAUUUUUCCCCAGCUCUGCACUCGAUAACCACACCAACUGCAGUCGGCUCCACUCCCACACUGUAGCAGCUGUAGUUAUAUUCAGACUCUGACUUAAGCAGUGUGCUCUCCAAAUAUGUGUACUCGCCCUGUAAAAGCAAACCAUUGUGCACAUGAGGGUUUUACAAUGCAAGGAACAUUUUAUAACUCCCUUUGCAGACAGUAAUGUGCUCUCCCCCCAGUCAAACGCACAGGGAGGAACCAGACGGAUGUUUUAAGUCUAACUGCAGGCUUUUUGGGUUACUGGUUGCCUUUGUGGUAGUGUGUAGGAGGGGCAAUCAGCUACAUGCCUCUGUGGGUUUAUGGGAGGCUCCCCAUGUCUCAGUCAGGUGCAGGCGAGUAUGAACAUGCACUCCCUCGGAGGAAGUCUCAUUGAAAAAGCUCUUUGUUGUAGGAAAAGUUCAAGGACACGUGCAGAUUAUAUCACUUCCUUAUCAAAAUUUACUGAUUGAAACUCUUAUUCAUGCAUUAAGUGUUUUAAACAGGUAUAUUACAUUAAAUUGGUCUCUCAAUACCAAUAAUAGCAUGAGGGAUCCAGCAAAACUCAUUUGUCUUGCUAAAGUGACACUGCCUGCAUCAGAGUGAAGAGCUAAUCAUGUCAAUUUAUGUCUGCUGCCUGGCAGGACUUCAGUGGAUUGGAGGCACAAUUCGUUGUGCUGUAAUUUCACGAGUCUUGCAUAAAA